CACAGCCUCCACUUAUUGGCAUGGUUGUCACCCUUGGCAAUGGACAGGAAAUGCAGCAGUUACCUGAUAACGUUGAUGACGAUAAUGAAGUCCAUGAAAUGGAAGAAACUGAUUACAUCGAGGAGGAAGAUGACUUUAACACAAUGCAUGCCAUUGGAAUAGUGAAAACUGAAUUAAAAGAAUCGGCUGGGGAUGUGAAACCCCGUAUAUCAACCAAAUCGAAAUGGGUGUCCAUUGGUGACAUACGCAAGUGGACGAGUUGCAUUCGCUGUGGCAUGGUGAAAAUCAAAUCGGAUGGGUUGGAUUAAACAUGCACAAAAGUGUGGACAGGAUCCAAAAUUUGCAAGUCGCAAAUUCUUCAUCUAUUUGCACACUCUGUCUUGGUGCAACACUUUGGUGAAUGACAAUUUUUGGGAACAGCACUCCAACGCCAAGAAUGGCAAAUGCAAAGUAUGCCGUUUAAGCCGUUUAAACAAAGAGCCGUUGCCAUAUCAGCCAAAGCCGCCAACACGUAAAAACGAAAAAACAUUAUCGAAACAGUGGCGAUCUCGCAUACUAAAGAAACGUAUCAAACGGAAACAAUCGAUGGCUGCCGACGUGCCAAAUUUCCAAAAUGCAGCUAAUGAUAAUGCCCCGAUGCGAAUUGUCGAGUGCAUUUCGCUGCGGCAAAAUGAUUAAAUUGGUCAAAAUGCAUUUUCAAUACAA